CACUCUCCUGUAGUUCCCAUAAUAAUUGUAGCUUACAUGAGUCGUUUGAAUAAACAAGGCGGAUAAAUGUCGUUUUAUAUCCAAGGAUAAAACAUGUCGACUCAGGCCAGCGUUACUCACAGGAUGCCUCGUCUUCGUCGCUGUUAUCAAUGCGUUUAGAGCGAGCCCGUUUCGUGUGUACAGCGCUCUCCGGACAGACACCUCUUUAGAAGGAAAGCUGUCUGUGGCUAGCUCGCUAGUUGCCUAGCCGGCUAGCUGUUGUUUACAUAAUUAGCUAGCUGGCUGUCGGAAUUUGUAACAAACAUCCUGCGGGUUGGGACGGACUGUUUGGAGUUUGGAAAAUAUGGCUGAGUUACACAUUGAAGGGAACGCGACUGGCAUCUUGGAGCAGAGCGAGCACCGCGGCUCGGUUAGUGUGAGACUGCCCUCGCCCACCCUGGUGCUCCCGCCUCGCAGCGGCUUGUCCAGUCCCGGAGUGUCCGGCUCCAGAGCCGUGUUCGGCUUCCCUAUGAAGAGCAGCCCGAGUUCCCCGUCAGAACCUGCGGAAAAACCGGGCUCCCGGUGGGUCCGGCUGAACGUCGGGGGAACUUACUUCGUCACCACGAAACAGACCUUGUGCAGGGAACCCAAAUCUUUUCUGUAUCGGUUAUGUCAGGAAGACCCAGACCUGGACUCAGAUAAGGAUGAGACAGGAGCUUAUUUGAUUGAUAGGGACCCCACAUACUUUGGACCCAUUUUGAAUUACCUGAGGCAUGGAAAACUGAUCAUCAACAAGAACCUUGCGGAAGAGGGUGUUCUUGAGGAAGCUGAAUUUUACAACAUUGCAUCACUGGUGAGGCUGGUGAAGGAGAGAAUACGAGACAACGAGAACAGGACGUCCCAGGGCCCUGUGAAGCAUGUAUACCGUGUACUCCAGUGUCAGGAAGAGGAGCUCACCCAGAUGGUCUCCACAAUGUCUGAUGGAUGGAAGUUUGAGCAGCUCAUAAGCAUUGGAUCCUCUUACAACUAUGGCAACGAGGACCAGGCUGAGUUCCUGUGUGUGGUUUCCAGGGAGCUCAACAAUUCCACUAAUGGAAUUGUUAUUGAGCCAACUGAGAAGGCUAAGAUCCUUCAGGAGAGAGGUUCACGGAUGUGAGGAGACCUUCUUAGCUGUGCUGACAUAAAUCUCUCAGUCCCUUCUUCUCCUCACCACUUCUCUCCCUCCUUCACCAUACAGCACACUCCAGGUUCAUCAGCUCACACACCCGCCCUUCCUGUUCUCACCCUCUUCCCUUGUGCCUUUCCGCAGUGGGGGUGUCCUGACCCCCCUCCCUGCAGUGCUGCAACAUCUCCCAUCCAGCACCACCACAAGUGAUCACUGCUGUUAUCAACUAAUUGGAAUUGCAGGUUAUUUCAGAAAAUAUGUGAUGGUUGCAAGACUGCCAGUGGCGGCUAGGGAGGAAUCCAAGUAAGGUUUACGAGGUUAAUCUGUCACUAUAACCUUAGACAUCCACGUUGCCUCGGAACAUUAGCACCUUCAUAUCCUGCUCAUAAUCAUCAUAAUAUACAUUGUUGCUAGCAUGCUAGUUUCAAGGAAUGUGCCCUGCUCAGCUAGGCUGUGUCUACAUCACUGAAAUCUCCUCAGGACUUCCAGGUGCACGAAAGUAGAAACAGAACUGUUUAUCCCCCACUCCCUACUCCACUUCUCAUACCAAGCACAUUAACUUGUUAGCACAUGAGUGACUGAGUGAGUGAACAUCUGCAGCAACUCUCAUCUACCGCGCCUGGCCUGGUAUAACACACAGCGUGGAGCAAGAUUGCUGGGACAUAGAAGACGGCCUCUGAACAUGCAGCAUUUUGUGUCUAGUUUGUAGUGUGUUGAUCUCUUUAAGUCUGUCUGCCCUCUUGGAUAUGGCCCAGUAAUGACUAGAUGGGAAGGGAGUUCACAGACAGUUUCCCGGUUGGGCAUCCCACCCAAGUUCACCACCAUGAAUUGGAAAAUUUCUCCCAUAACUCAUUAAUUCAGGAUGAUUCAUCUCAUCCUGGAAUAGGUUUUUAUUUUCUGUUGCCAUAGACAUUUCACCCAUUCAAACAGCAUUAAACAACAUUAAAAUAAGUGUGCAUUUUUGGGGCAUGUAAGAAUUAUAUUACAAAUACAUCUGUUACAAAAAGGCUGAAUGCAAGUCAUGUAAUUGUUAAUAUCUGUACCACAGCAGUUGUGUUUAGCAAGAUGAAUUACUCUUUCUGGGAAGGUUAUGACUUGACCCAUGCCCCUAGAGUAUUUGUCCAGUGCCUGGUCACUGAUAUGUACAUUUUUGUAUUGUGUUCUCCUUCCAGCUUUUAAUCUAUGACUGGAAAAUGGGAAACGUGGUCUUAUUUCACACUAUUUCUCAAUAAUAUUUUUGUUUUUACAUUAUAGAAAUACAUAAAUUCUUCAGCAUAUCAUAUAAGAGCUCCAUGAGACUGUUGAUUGAAAAAGUGCCCAAGUGUUUGACGUUGGGACAGAACUAUAGUUGUUCUCUAGUAUGAUUGUUUGAGAGUUCAGCCCCAGUAUUUCCUAGAACACCAUAAUAUUUUGGCUAUUUAAAGAAGUUAUGUGAGGUAUAGCGGAGUUGCGUUGGAUGUUAAGGGCACUAUUUUACAUGGAUUGAGAUACUCACCCUCUUGUCGAAAUGUAUUAUAUUACUUCAGUUAAACUGCUAAAUUCAUCAAUGUUUUGACAUCAAGGACAGUAUUUGGUCCUCUUUUACACUGAAUAAAUUGCCCUCGAUGUUUGAUAUUUAGCCAGUUAAGACUAGAUUAUGAUCUAAAUCUUUCACUUGUAAAGUUGUGAAAUUCAAGAAUCUGCUCAUCAGCUAACGUACAGUGUGAUUCAUCAUGUAUUGACAGUAUUUUGACAUAUCUCUUGUUCAGUAUCAUUGUAUGGAUAAUGGCACCACUUGGUGUAGGUUAUGAUGUUCAUGUCCAUUGAAAAGCAUCUCUCUGUCAGCCACAGGCAGCAUUACGUACAUUAUGUCAAUGUGAAGUUUUUCAAAUGUUGUGUGUUUUUAUAUGUUGGGAAUCUUCCCUCCCCUUUCCCUCACCUUUACAUUGGGUUUUCUCACUCUUCAAAAUGAGCAGCAAGAGAAGGGGGACUUAAAUGUGCUCCAUUUGCUUGCUUUUAAUAUUUUUCUUUAUCAAAGCAGGUUUUCUCAGUUGGCAGGAUCAUUUUAAGUUCAAAUUGUCCAGUAUGUCACUUAACUCUUCUCGUAUUUGGACACUAAGAGUUUGGCUCGAGUUGUGUGGCUCACUAAGAAAUCUGUCUUACUGAAAUUCAACCCCUGGAGUUUCUUUGUUCAACCCCAGUUGUUUGUUUUUGAAAUUCUCAUAAUGGGCUUCUGAACUACAGACCCCCCUUUGAUCUGUGCCAUUGUGUUUCUUUUAAUAAUCUUGUAAGGCAUGGGCCAAUCUGAUUUGAUGAGCGAUCAUCAUCCUUGUAGCAAGUCCAGCUGUCUGAUGCCACAAUGUCCCACUGUGUCUCCUUGGAAUCUGUCUUGGGCUGGAUUCCUAGACAUGGAUUAAGCCUAAUCUUGGACAAAUUUGAAUGCGAUUGGUGUUUCAUCAUGGAAAAUCCUUAUUAGGUUUAAUGUGGGUCUAACUAACUGACCCUUAAUGUUAAGACAGGUGUCUAACUAUAUUUGCUUGUUGGUCAUUUGUUUCAAAUACUGUAUGCGUUUAUCAUAUCUUAGCUUUUCAGAUUGCCCUUGUGCCAUUUCAUUUUUUUCCCUUGUGUCAUAAGAAAAUAUUUAAUUUGUGCCCUUAAUCUUGUACUUGCACUUUAAGUAUGUCCAUGUCUUACAUUUUUCUGACCUCCAUGGAGGUGUGCUUGUAUCAAGGUCACAUAAAAAUGUCAAACCGCUGCAGUUUUUGGGCUAUGUAAAAACAGUGACGUCAGAGUGACCAUUACUUUUAGUAGUUUUAAGACGCACUUAGGCCCACUGGCAUAUGUAGGUAAUAUAAUUAUUUUUUUAAUGUUAUUCUAUCAAACAUUUCCUUUCCCUCUUCAUGGUCCUCCCAUUUGUUUGUGGUCAAACAGUUAGAAAUAUAGAGGUAAAAAGAUGUUUUUGUGGGGGGAAAACAACUAAGCUAAAUGAUAUACUGUUUUCUGUAGAAUCCAAAGGGGAGAGAGGGGGCCCUUGUUUUUUGGUAUGUGGACUUGAAUGCAUGCAGUGUGUUAAAGUAUAUAAUAUUAUAUACUGGGACAUUGUCUGGCCUUGUGUUAGCGUAGGGGUAAAGUGAUGCAUGGACAGUGAUUAGAAUCUUGGAAAUGUGUGCGAGGUGGUACUUUCAGACAGUUGGUUUGCAGCUCUGGGCUUAUACUUGGUCCCAGAACUCUGUGGUUUUUAUGGUUUGUUUCAUUUUGUCUCGUCCAAACACUAAGUAAUCUUUACCACAGGAUACUCAGAUUAAAAUGUUUAGCGCUGAGCGGUCAUUUGGAAGCUAACCUAACUGGAAUGCAGGAAUGCAGACCUCUGUUAUGUUUAUUCAAGUUAAAAAAGGGUUCGUCAAGGGUUUAGUUUUCAAGACUGCCAUAACAGUUAGUCUGAAACACCUGCAUGCUUUGAUACACAGUACACACACGUGUGCAUGUGCACACACAUACCAAGACAUUUAAACGUAUUGAAAACCUGCUACUUACACCAGAUGUUUUGAGUGUAUUAAGUUAUCAGCUGUAUUGAUGUCAAGUGUGACCUUUGUCUAAAUGGAGAUUGUGGAGCUAAGUGUUGGAAAUGAAUAGUCUUGGUCAGACUGUCCUUUAAUUUUUUUUUUUUUUUUUUUUAAGUUUGUCUUCUGAUGCAUUUUCUUUCAAUGUACAGAUUGCAAAGAGGAAAAAUGUCUGAUUUUUAUCAUAAACUGUAUUUGUGUUCAAAAUGUUGUAGUUCUCAUUUUAUCACAGAACUUUGUUGCAAUUGUUUACCAGAGAACUGAGCAUGUAUGUACACCGUAUCUGAAUAAAAAAAUGUUUUACAGAAGCAGAAA